GCAUCACAGCCGAGUGAAAGACAGCCACGCCACGUGGCGUUGAUCGUGCACAGGCCGGCCUGACCCCUAGCCCGACCCUCACAUCGUGGUAUGUUGAUGGCGCGGACGCACACAUAUCGAGGCAUUCAUCCGCACUCUGGUAGCAAUCUUCUUCGUCUCCAGACCCCUUUGACAGCAUUGAGCUAGUCUGCGCAGCGUGACACACUUGCCGAGCGAAGCAGCGGCAUCUACGAGACUGCAACGACGGCGAUCGACCCAUUCUAAGGCCGGCUCAGAGUCAACGUAAAGGUGAUCGACUAGGAUCGCUCGAGUCAGGUAGACCACGCCGUUGUAGCUCCAGACUUUUAGCCACCUCAAUUUCGCAAUCGCUCGUGGGUUGCCCAGCAUGUCUCGCCCACUCAACGACGACGAGGUGCUGACGGAGAUGAAGAAGAUGGUCGCCUUCAUCAAGCAAGAAGCGAUGGAAAAGGCUCGAGAAAUCCAAGUGAAAGCUGACGAGGAGUUCGCGAUCGAGAAGGCAAAGAUCGUGCGCCAGGAAGCAAUCUCAAUCGAGUCUACGUACGAAAAGAAGGCUAAACAAGCUCAGACUGCUCAGAAAAUUGCCCAAUCCACAUCGACGAACCAGUCCCGCUUGAAGAUUCUGCAAUCCAAAGAAGCGCACCUUCAAGAGCUGUUCGACGAAGCUCGAGGCAGAUUGGUGGAGCUGUCUCGAGAUCAAGAGAAGUAUUCCAAACUUUUGCAAAAUCUCAUCUUGCAGGGUCUGUUGCAAUUGGUGGAGCCAAAGGUAUCCAUUACUGCCAGGUCCACGGAUGUGCAGAUUGUUCAGCAGGCCGCUAAGCAGGCGGAGAAGCUUUACCAGGAGAAGACUGGCAAGAGCAUUCAAACCAAGGUGGAGGAGGGUUUGUCAAAGGACAGCUCGGGCGGUAUCAUGCUUGCCGGCCACGAGGGGCGUAUCAAGAUCAACAACACCCUUGAUGAGAGGCUCAGACUUUGCGAAGAGCGCAUGCUUCCAGAAAUUGGUGCUAGCUGCUUUGGAUCCAACCCUAACAGACGUUUUACCAACUAAGUGAGCCUCAGUGUCCGCCUGCGACCAGGCUCGGAGGCACGCAAGCGCCCUCCCAGCCGUGCUCUGCUUCGCGCACGUCAGGUUCCGCUUCCAGCACUUGUACAUGACCUUCCGACUAACGACUCCAGAUUCUUUCAAAUCCAUCAAAUCCGCAUCGUG